AUGGCGACCACUCCGAACCCGCGUCGCCGGUCACCGCGAGUGUCCGAUGGCUCGGAAGCAUUUACCCCAGUAGGGGACACCACCCUCACAGGACUGCAGCGACUUCCCGGACAUACGCGAUAUCCCCUUACACCCAGCCGGUUUGCAACCAACACGCCUUCAGCGAACCGACGGACCCCGCGGAACAGGGGCGGCGCGCCAUCCACGCCGUAUCGGGUGCAGGCGAUGCAGCGACGCGCGGCGAACACUCCGGGACGCGAUCGUAGACGCAGCGGGCGAGUCCAGCGGGAGACUACGUUCGAUAUUCUCCGGAACUUGGGAAAAGCCCUUGCUCCGACAACUGAACCAAUCCGAUCAUCGCCGCAGGAGAAACCGGAACCCGAGAAUGAGCCGGAGGUGGUGCGGGAUGAGAUUGAGGAGCUAGACAAUGAACCCGAGAUUGAGCGGCCGCGUUUGUCCCUGCCGCUGGAUGAGGUAGAUGAGGUGGAUGAAGAGCCGGAGAUGCGUCCGCCCCGGCUGUCGCUUGCGUUCGAAGAAGAGGACCUCACACAUACCUCGAUCGAGUAUCCUCGACGAGCUACUAGUGAACAUGACCGGGGAAGGCUAUCAAUGAUGGGUGUUGGUGGCCCUCGGAUGAGUGAGAUUGGGGCUGCGACUAGAAUUGAGAGCGAGAGUGAAGAUGAAGAUGACACGGGGAUUGUGGAUGAUAAUGAAGGAGGGGAGGAUACGGUUAUCAGUCAAGGCGAUUUUGACGGAGGGGGCGAGACGGAGGACCUCGGGCGGUUCAACUUUGAGUUCAAUUUCCCAACUCCACCCCCUCCGGGUGAGGACUUGGACCAGGAUGAGCCCCUUCACGAUGAUGAAGGGUUCGAGCUUCCGGUGGACAUGCCGCUAGAUGCAGAGGCGGGGCCCGAUGAUGCGAGCAUAUCCAUCGCUGCCGACGACUUUGGCAUGCAAUCCCCGCUACCUCAACCGGUGGCGAUGAGUGAAAGCCAGAGCCCAGGGAUUGCCGGGGGAGGUCUGCGAGACGAGGACCGGUUCAUGCCCGGCCCCAAGCAAAAGAAGCUUUCCCGACAUGGCAUCCCGGUGCCCAACCUCCCCGUCGGGGUCGUGAAGAAGCUGGCCAUCCGGUUUGCGCGGGCGCGAAACGGGUCCAAGGCCAAGAUCAGCAAGGAAACAUUAGCCGCAAUUGAGCAGGCCUCAUCAUGGUACUUUGAACAGGCCAGUGAGGACCUGGCGGCGUAUUCCAAGCACGCGGGGCGCAAGACCAUCGACGAGAGUGAUGUUGCGACCUUGAUGCGGAGACAACGGCAUGUCAACAACGCGACGACGAUCUUCUCGCUCGCCCAGAAGCAUUUGCCCAAGGAGCUGUUGCAGGACAUGAGAUUGGCGAUGCCACCAUGA